CGCGUCUGGCGAGCACUGAUAUAAACCCCAUGGCGCGCAACGAGCGCGCAGAGGAGCAGAGGAGAAUCAACAGGACGACGCGCAAACCUCACUGAGACCUUCUGAAAAAUAUGCAUCCCAACUUGGUGAGCUGGCUGGGGACGCUGGGGUUCCUGCUGUGGGCGCUGGUCUGCCUGGGCGCCUUGACGCAGGGGUACCCGUUGAAACCGGAGAACCCCGGGGAGGACGCUCCGGCGGAGGAGUUGGCCAAGUAUUACUCAGCCCUGAGACACUACAUCAACCUCAUCACAAGACAGAGGUAUGGAAAGAGGUCCAGUCCUGAGAUUCUGGACACACUGGUCUCAGAGCUGCUGCUGAAGGAGAGCAGAGACACACUCCCACAGUCAAGAUACGACCCGUCGUUGUGGUGAUGGGCGUCCACCUCGGUCACCUCUGAUGUCUACACGUCUGUCGGUUCACGCCGCCCUGCACCGCCCGAUAACCGCUCUGUCUCUGUACCCGUUUGCCUGUCUGAACGGCCACAUAGCUUAUCUCACUCUCUCUGCGUGCAUAAGCUACAAUGAACACAGCUUACAGUACAUGGAACUGUAAAGUAGCUAAAUCGUCUGGGAACCCCAAUAAGACCUGGAGGAGGUGGCGUGUUGACUGUAUUGUAUAUUUGUGCUAUUAAACAAUUACUGUUUGAACAAAAGCA